GGCGGCGGCGCACGGUAGGGCCACGCCCCCAGGCUAGGCUCCGCCCCCUUCCGCCCAAGUCAGCGCGCGAACUUGGUGGCGCGAAUUGCGGACGUCGGGGCUGCGAGGAGCCGGUCUUAGUGUGGCGCCCGGCUGCCGGCGCGCGGGGCGAGCGCGAGGCAACACCACCAGGCCGAGAAAAGAAAAGGACAGGAAGUGACGCCACCAUGCAGCGAAGCAUCAUGUCAUUUUUCUCCCCCUCGAAGGAGGGACAGACGAAGAAGCCGCAGAAGGAGACGUCCGGCAGUGGCAGAGAGGGACCACCGCCUGCCAAGGCAGUGCGGAAGGAGCGCAGAGGCGUGGUGGCCGAGAGUGACUCUCCGGUGAAGAGGCCUGGCCGGAAGGCCGCCCAGGUCCUGAGUAGCGAAGGAGAGGAGGAGGACGAAGCCCUCACGCCGCCCCGAGGCCAGAAGCCUGCUUCAGAGUCCCCACAGGGCUCCCCACCCAGCUCAACCACAUCUCCUGAGAACACCCCCUCACCCGUGAGCCUCCCCGCAUCGGGCAUACCGAAGCGCCUUACAGCUCGGAAGCAGCUCCCAAAGCGGAAGAUCCAGGAUGCCUUGGAAAGACAGGAUGCAGAGGAGGAGUGCUGCGCCAAGAGGAGGAAGGAGGAGGAAGAACCAGAGAUCCCAAGAGAAAGACCCAUCAAGACUGAAGUGACAGAGAAGGACACGGAGGAGGGGGAGCAGCCCAUGGCCCCCCCGGAGCCCUGCGGAGAGGCCCCUGCGGACAGCGCCUCCAGGCCCCUGGUGACUGUGAAGGAGGAGCCACAGGAGGGCCAGGCCAGGCCGCCAGCCCGCGCCCCCCGGACGCUCAGCAGCUUCUUCGCGCCCCGGAAGCCGGCAGUCAAAACAGAAGUGAAGCAGGAGGAGUCGGGCAUCGCACUGAAGCAGGAGGCCAGCGGACCCCUGGACCCAACGACCUACAACCCUGCCAAGAACAACUACCACCCAGUGGAGGACGCCUGCUGGAAACCUGGACAGAAGGUGCCUUACCUGGCCGUGGCCCGGACGUUUGAGAAGAUCGAGGAGGUCUCUGCUCGGCUUCGCAUGGUGGAGACGCUGAGCAACCUGCUGCGCUCCGUCGUGGCCCUGUCACCGCCAGACCUGCUCCCCAUCCUCUACCUCAGCCUCAACCGCCUGGGGCCGCCCCAGCAGGGCCUGGAGCUCGGUGUGGGCGACGGCGUCCUGCUCAAAGCCGUGGCCCAGGCCACAGGUCGGCAGCUGGACGUCGUGCGGGCUGAAGCAGCCGAGGUGGGCGACGUGGGGCUGGUGGCAGAGAACAGCCGCAUCACUCAGCGAUUCAUGGUGCCGCCACCUCCUCUCACCGCUGCCAGGGUCUUCACCAAAUUCAAGGAGAUUGCCCAGCUCAGUGGCAACGCUGCCACCAACAAGAAGAUGGACAUCAUCAGAGGCCUCUUUGUCGCCUGCCGCUACUCGGAAGCCCGAUUCAUCGCCAGGUCCCUGAGGGGGCGGCUGCGCCUCGGGCUGGCAGAGCAGUCGGUACUGACCGCCCUCACCCAGGCUGUGAGCCUCACGCCCCCUGGCCAAGGGUUCCCCCCAGCUGUGGUAGAUGCUGGGAAGGGCAAGUCGGCUGAGGCCCGGAAGGCGUGGCUGGAGGAGCAGGGCAUGAUCCUGAAGCAGACGUUCUGCGAGGUGCCGGACCUUGACCGGAUCGUGCCAGUGCUGUUGGAGCACGGCCUGGAGAAGCUCCCGGAGCAUUGCAAGCUGAGCCCAGGCACUCCCCUGAAGCCCAUGCUGGCCCAUCCCACCCACGACAUCAGCGAGGUCCUGAAACGCUUUGAGGAGGCAGCUUUCACCUGCGAGUACAAAUACGACGGGCAGAGGGCACAGAUCCACGCCCUGGAAGGGGGGGAGGUGAAGAUCUUCAGCAGGAAUCAGGAGGACAACACUGGGAAGUACCCCGACAUCAUCAGCCGUAUCCCCAAGAUUAAACUCCCGUCAGUCACGUCCUUCAUCCUGGACACAGAGGCUGUGGCCUGGGACCGCGAGAAGAAGCAGAUCCGGCCAUUCCAGGUGCUCACCACCCGCAAGCGCAAGGAUGUGGACCCAUCUGAGAUCCAGGUGCAGGUGUGUUUGUACGCCUUCGACCUCAUCUACCUCAAUGGACAGUCCCUGGUGCGUGAGCCCCUAUCCCGCCGCCGGCAGCUGCUUCGUGAGAACUUUGUGGAGACCGAGGGCGAGUUUCUCUUCGCCACCUCCCUGGACAGCAAGGACCUGGAGCAGAUCGCCGAGUUCUUGGAGCAGUCUGUGAAGGACUCCUGUGAGGGGCUCAUGGUGAAGACCCUGGAGGUGGAUGCCACCUACGAAAUUGCCAAGAGAUCGCACAACUGGCUCAAGCUGAAGAAGGACUACCUGGAUGGUGUAGGUGACACCCUGGACCUCGUGGUGAUUGGUGCCUACCUGGGCCGGGGGAAGCGCGCCGGCCGCUAUGGGGGCUUCCUGCUGGCCUCCUACGACGAGGACACUGAGGAGCUGCACGCCAUCUGCAAGCUGGGCACGGGCUUCAGCGAUGAGGAACUGGAAGAGCAGUACCAGCACCUGCAGGCCCUGGUGCUGCCCAGCCCACGGCCCUACGUGCGGGCAGGCGGUGCUGCGGCCCCCGACCACUGGCUGGAUCCGAUCACCGUCUGGGAGGUGAAGUGCGCGGACCUCUCCCUGUCCCCCAUCUACCCCGCUGCCCGCACCCUGGUGGACAGUGAGAAGGGCAUCUCCCUCCGCUUCCCUCGGUUCGUUUGUGUCCGCAGAGACAAGAGGCCGGAGGAUGCCACCACCAGUGCCGAGGUGGCCGAGAUGUACCAGAGGCAGAGUCAGAUCCAGAACCAGCUGGACUCGGACUCAGACUCCGACAUGGACGAUUUCUUCUGAGCCCCCGGCCACGCCUCGUGCAGAGCAGCGGCGACGACCCAGUCUGC